AUGAACCAACAAUAUGGGUAGGAAUACUAAUAAUAAUCUAAUCAAGCACCUGACCAGAAUUAAUAAAGUAAUUAUUCUAAAUAAAUAAAUAAAUAGUUGGUAAUCAAUUCUAAUUUCAGGGUCAGACACAAUUCAUCGCAUAAUAAUAACAAAUUAUGGGAUAACCUUAACAAAAUGCUCAAUAAUACCAAUAAUUCGGUUAAUAGCUCCCAAAUGUGAAUUAAAACCCUUAAGUCUAGCCUCAAAUAAUGGGAAACCCAAGUAUCAAAAGUUGAAUAAUUAUCAUAGAUGCAAUGAACCUACCGAAUCCAAUGUAUCCAAUGAUUUCCAAUCAUGGUUCAUUUUAACCAUUCCCUUAUUCAACCCCAUUUUAAAAUUUUCCCAACCAGCCGAUGCCAAUGCAAAAUAAUAAUAAUGACAAAAUUAAAUAAUUAUAGGCUAAAUUAAAAGAAAAGGAUUAGGAAAUUGAUAAAUUGAAUGAUGAUAUUUAUGAUCUAACUAGAAUUAAAGCUAAUGAUAUUAAAAAACUAGAAAAUAAGAUUACAAGUUUGAACAACUAAAUAGAUGAAUUAUAAAAAGAUGAUUAAACUAAAGAUGCAGAAAUAUCAAAGCUUAGAUAUGAAUUAGAAUAAGCCUUAUUAAAAAUAAAAUAGCUUGAAUCGCUAUGCAAAACCUAAAAGGAAGAAUUGUAAAAUAAUAGUGAAGAAAUACAAAAUUUGAAUGUUAAUAAAAGAAACCUUUCAUCAUAACUUUAAAUUUUAAUGUAAAAAGAUGAUUAGAAAAAGUUGUAGCAAUUGCUUGACCAACAAUAAGGACAAUCAGAAGAAGAGAAAAAAAGAUUUAAAUAAUUGAAUGAUUAGAAAAGAAGUAUUGAGGAGCAAUUGUCAUAAAAGGAUGAAACUAUUAGAGAAUAAGUAGCAAAAAUUAAGGAAUUAGAGUAUCUAAAUUAAAAGGAACAUUAGUAUUUUUUGGACUCAUAAGCAGAAAUUGCUAAUUGGAAAAAAAAAGAAAUUAUGUAUUAAAAGCAACUCUCAGAAAAAGAUUAAUCAAUAGAUAAUAUAACUAUGUAAUUAAGAGAAUAAAAAUAAAAGAAUAAUGAUCUACAGGAUAGGUUGAAAGGAGAAGAAGAAAAUAUUAACUUAUUAAAAAAGCAGUUGAAAGACAUGGAAGCCUUAUUUAAUCAAUACUAGUAGAAUUCCUCAAAUAAUAAAUCAAACGAUCAAAAUAAAAAAUAAUUUGAAUAAUAAUUACAAAAAUUAAAAGCUGAAGCGGAGUACAACAUGAAAAAAAAUGAUGAAGAAUUGGAAAAAAAUAGAUUAUUGAAAGAAUAAUAGAUCUAAGAAAGUAAAAAAAAAAAAGCAAUGAUGGAUUAAAAAAGAAUGGAUGAUAAAAAAAAUGAAAACAAGAUGAUCAAAGAAAUAAUGAUGAAGAAAUAAUAAGGUUCUCUAGAAGAAUAUGGAAAAUUAGACAUUUGCUAUGUCAUUGAUUGUACUAAGUAUCCAUUAAUUUAUAUAUUUAGAUCUAUGGAACCAUACGUUGAGCAGGCAAGAUGCUGUGUUUAAGAAUCCUUAAAAGUUAUCAAAUAACAAACUAACAGAGAUACCAUUGUUUCUUCUAUUGCCUAUUACGAUAUCGAAUAGAAACCAAAAGAUGGAUAUUAUUGUCAAUAUCCAUUCUCAAACGAUAUCUAAGGCUUUUAGACUUUUAUUACAAGAGUUAAAAUAGAAGGAGGCCGAGAUAUACCAGAAGAUGUUAGAGGAGCCUUAGAAUAAAUGAUUACAAAUCUUGAAUGGAAGAAUAAAUUUAGGAUAGCAAUUUUAAUUACUGAUUCCCCAUGUCAUGGAAGAAAAUAUCAUUCAUUCCCUGGUGAUUUUCAUCCUAAUGAUGACAUCACAGAAGUUCUUCAUCGUUUGAUUGAAAAAUAAAUUAUCUUAAUAGGUUUUAACUUAAAUGAUAAAACUAUUAAAAUGUAUGAAGAAUUUAAAAAAAUAUAUGAAGCUAAAAAUGCUUCUGAUUAUUUUGUGUAUGUUGAUGUUGCAGGGCUUUAAGUUGCUCAGUUAGCCGAAAAAAUGGCUGGAUCCUUAGGAAGUGCCUCAGUAACAGCUACCUAAGUAAAAUCAUCAGGAACUAAAUCAAAAAAACCAUCAUAGGAUAGACCAAAGAAUAAAGAUGGUGCUAUUGAGGCUUUAUGUAAAUAAGGAGAUUUUUAGAACUUUGAAAAAUAAACUUAAGUAGUUGACACUGUGUUUACAGUUUUAAAUGUAAAAAUAAAUGAUUAGGUUUUUGCUGAUAAUUUAUAGACCAUUAAUAACAUUGGAAAAAAUCCAUAGAACGAUUAUGUAAUCAAAGUAGAAGGAAAGUGGGAAUGUAUCAGAACUUAGUUCCCAUUUGCUUUUGGUAUGAUGAAGGAUGUCUUUUUAAUGAAAAAAAAAAAUGGAGGAUCAGAUGAAUUAUAUGUCAUAAAAACUCCUCUUGGUAGUAAACCAUAUUCAUCACAACAUGAAGCUGUCCAAGAAUGUAGAUCUCAUUUGAUAUGUUAAUAAUUGAUGAAAAAAUUUACAGCUGACAUUGAAGAAGCUAAAGAAUUAUAAAAUAUUCAUCGUAAAUUUCCUAAUGUAGUUUAUAGUGACUUUUUGAUUUUAGAGGAAAGCAAAGGUAUUUCAAAUUUAUAACAUUUUAGAUAAAUAUUGGAUUGCAGAAAGGUUUUUCAAAGGUGAAUUUGUAAAAUAUAACAAUAAUUUUGGUUACAUAAACGAAGAUCCUUCAGAUUUAAAUAAAUUUGCUCAAGCCUUCUCAUAUUAUACAUUCUUUAUUAGUAAAGGAUUAUAUAUGAUAAAUGAUGUUUAAGGAGUUGGAACCUAUUUUACUGAUCCUGCUGUAAAUACAACUAAAGGUAAAAAAUUAAUCAAUACUUUUAGGCGAUUUUGAUGAUACUGAUUUAGGAUAAGAAGGAUAGGAUAUGUUUUUAGUAAAUUUCUAAUCCAAGAAAGAAUUGGCAUCCGAAAUUUUGAAUCUUUUAAAUUAGUUAAACCAAGAGUGAUUUAUUUAAUCGAAGACAAAUAAUAU